UGUAAGAUGGUGGUCAGAGGGUACUGCUGCUGCUGUACACACAGAGGCUGAAAGAAUAUACAGGCGUUUUCCCCUUCAGAGCAGAUACUGAAAACAAACGCCGAAAGAUUUCAAGGUGUCUGCUGUCAUAAAGAUCAGAGAGUCCAGUAAGAUAAUCAAUCCCUGCCCAAUUUGCUCUGUGAAUAUCCCUUGGAGAAGAAUCCCAGCAAAUAGACAGGCCCCUGAGCUCCGGCCCCACACCCGCCGUAAGAACGAAGGACCGUAUCAGCAUCGGCGUCCCUCCCCCUAUUCCCUGCUGCCUCUCGCUCCUCCUCCUCGAGGGCUCCUGCUCCUCCUCUCCACCACCACCAUCGCCGCCUCCGCCGCUGCUGCCGCCGCCGCCGCUGCAUCUCCCCUGCCGUAGGAUGUCCCGCAGCCCUGAGCUGAAGGACGACCCCAUGGAGUGCCCCCUGUGCAUGGAGCCCCUGGAGAUCGACGACGUCAACUUCUUCCCGUGCACCUGCGGCUACCAGAUCUGUCGCUUCUGCUGGCACCGUAUCCGCACAGACGAGAAUGGCCUCUGCCCCGCCUGCAGAAAGCCGUACCCAGAGGACCCGGCCGUGUACAAGCCGCUGUCCCAGGAGGAGCUGCAGCGGAUCAAGAACGAGAAGAAGCAGAAGCAGAACGAGAAGAAGCAGAAGAUCACGGAGAACCGCAAGCACCUGGCCAGCGUGCGCGUCGUCCAGCGCAACCUGCUCUUCGUGGUGGGGCUGUCGCAACGGCUCGCCGACCCCGAGGUUUUAAAGAGGCCAGAGUAUUUCGGGAAGUUUGGGAAGAUUCACAAAGUGGUCAUCAACAACAGCACAUCAUACGCAGGCUCACAGGGUCCUAGUGCCAGUGCAUACGUCACUUAUAUUCGCUCAGAAGACGCCCUUAGAGCUAUACAGUGUGUCAACAAUGUAGUAGUUGAUGGCAGAACUCUUAAGGCUUCUUUAGGUACAACAAAAUACUGCAGUUAUUUUCUGAAGAGCAUGCAGUGUCCCAAACCAGACUGCAUGUAUCUACACGAGUUGGGAGACGAGGCGGCUAGUUUCACAAAAGAGGAGAUGCAGGCGGGAAAGCAUCAAGAAUACGAACAGAAGCUCCUUCAGGAGCUCUACAAAAUGAACCCCCACUUCCUGCAGAGCUCCCUGGGCGAGAAGACGAAGAGCAAGUCCAACUCCACACAGAGGCCCGACAGUAACAACAAAGAUGCGUGGCCGUCGUUACAACCGUCAGGGAAGACAGCCAAUGGGCUGACAGAACACCGCAAAACCCCACCCUUGGACGGAGGCUCGGACUCCGACCACAUGACGCCUGACGGAGUGGACUCGGACCUCGGCCUAGGCUCUGUCCCCGCCCUCUCGCCCUUCUCCUCGAACUGUGAUCCCUCCAGCCCCACUGAUAAAUCUGCAGAAGCCAUCAGCAUAGGAAACGGAGACGCCAGCCAGCAGAUCCCCAGCAGUGACUCGCCGUCGCCCCCGCCUGGCCUGUGCAAGCCCAGCCUGGUGGCGCCCAUCAGCGUGCCCGGGCUGACGGCUCGCUCGCCCUUCGAGGGCGCCGCGGCCGAGUCGCAGUCGCUCUUCUCGGACAACAGCAACUUCCGGCACCCCAACCCCGUGCCCAGCAGCCUGCCCGGGUUCCCCAGCUCCCCGCACAGCGGCGGCAGCGACUGGCCCACCGCCCCCGAACCACAGAGCCUCUUCGCCUCAGACACCAUCCCGGUGUCCUCCUCCACAGAUUGGCAGGCGGCCUUCGGCUUCGGCUCGUCCUCCCAGCAGCAGCAGCAGGAGGACGACCUGGGCUUCGACCCCUUCGACAUCACGCGCAAGGCCCUGGCCGACCUCAUCGAGAAGGAGCUCUCCGUGCAGGACAAGGCCGCGCUGGUGUCCUCCUCGUCGGGUUUCGGGCUCCCGCACAGCCCCUUGUUCCCCCACCACCAUCACCACCACCACCACCACCACCCGAACCACCACCAUCCCCACCAUCACCACCACCACCACCCCGGCCUACCCCCCGCCUCCCCCUCGUCUGCCUCUAAACUCGGGGGGCCUCUACCAGGCCCGCCCGGUGGUGCCUCUCACUUCCUCCUGAACUGUGUGCCCCCACAAUCUCUUCAUCAGCCCCCAACAAGAUUCGCUCAGCUGCAGCUCCAACAACAACAUCAACAACAACAACAACAACAACAACAGCAACAACAACAACAACAACAACAACAACAACAACAACAACAACAACAACAACACCAGCAGCAGCAGCAGCAGCAGCAGCAGCGCUCCAUCUACAGCUCCUUUAGUUUCCCCGGACAGACCGCCACGUCCCCCUCGCACCCGGGCUCCGGUCCCGCUGCGGCCGCUCUGCCCCCGGCCGCCGCGUCCGUCUCCCGUCUGCCCUGGCUGGCGAUGCCCAUGCGUAACAGCCCCGCGCACUUGAAGCACGGCGCCGCAGGGCCCACCCCCACCACCACCACCACCAUAGCCAACUCGCUCAACUCUGCCAUCGUGCCUCCCUCCUUGGCCAGUGGCUUCUUGGACUUGAGCUUGCCGUCGCAACAGCUACAGCCGCACAGCACAGGGCUGGGAGGCAUCCGCAUCACAGAGAGCAGUGGCUCGGUGGAGAGCAUAAAUGUGAAAGAGUGGCAGGAUGGCCUGCGCGCACUCCUGCCCAACAUCAACAUCAACUUCGGCGGUCUGCCCAACUCCUCGUCUUCCUCUUCCUCCUCCUCCUCUUCCUCCUCUUCCUCCUCCUCUUCUUCCUCCUCCUCCUCCUCCACCAGCGUCAACCACACGGGGGCGCCGUCCAGCACCUCGGGCAUCUCGCACAGCCUAAGCUGGGAUGGCACAGCCAGCUGGAUGGACCCCGCCAUCAUCACAGGAAUCCCGGCAUCUUCGGGCAACAGUAUGGACUCGCUCCAGGACGAUAACCCGCCGCACUGGCUCAAGUCACUGCAGGCGCUCACCGAGAUGGAUGCUCCCUCCUCCUCCAGCGGCAUCUCGACCACCGCUGGCCCCCUCCAGCCCCCCCACACCAACGGGCCCUUCGGGGCCUCCCUGCCCCUCCACAGAGCCGGCUGGGCGCCGUACGCGGUCCCGUCCUCAGCCAACGCCCCCAGCCAGUUCCACUCGCCACCCCCCGGUUUCCAGAGCCCCUUCAGAUCCACAGCUCAAACCGCCACAGAUCUGCUACAGAGCGCUGGCAUGGACCGACACUAGGGACAGUGAAACUCCCCAACCCCCCACCCUACACAUCCACUCUAGCCCUACAGAGAACACAAAACAACACACAUACACACACAGAAAAAACCGAAUCAGUACAGACAACUAUUAACAAAAGUAAUCAUAACAAGAUUAUAUAUUCAUAUUUCUUUUCUUCCUCCUUCUGGUGUCUCGAUCUCUUCUUUCUUUUUUUUAUUCUUUUCUUCCUCUCCGCCUCCCUUCUGUCUUUUUUCGUUUGUUGUUGUUGUUGUCGGGGUUGGCCUGUCGGCCUUACGACCUGCCUUCCAGUGAGCCCUCCCGAGUCAGUCUGACCAACAUCUGAUCGCACACAGCUAACUGGCCUAGCUCUCCGUACCGACAGCCCCUUAGGGAAUCGGCGUUCGUAUUUUUAACCUGCUUAACACGGCUAAACAACUGUGCUGUUAACCAGAAUGUAGACACCGCCUUGAGUAUGAUUCAAACUGAUAAGGAUAGAACUGGAAACGAUUUUUUUUUUUAAAUUAAAGAAGCAAUUAAGGAUGGCUGGAAAUAAUGUUUUCAGAGCUGAUUUGUAAGUGUUUAAACAGAUAAAAGAAAGAUGAGCCUGCCUUGAAAAAAGCCAAAAGAGAGUACUUGUCUAUUGUCUGGCCAGAGCAAUAGGUACCUCCCGUGGGCUCAAUGCCCAGCUUCUUAUGCCUUAAUCAAGUUGAGUUCUGCAGCAAUCACAAUCUUUGGUUUUGUGAUGGAAUGAGCACUUGUUUGUUUUAUUAUGAUCAGUUUUAAUUGUCUUUAUGUCGUAACGAAAAACGGAGAAGAAAAAUUAGAAAAAGAAAAAAAAAGAAAAAUCAAGACGCAAAAAGGAAUUAUGCAGAGGAUUGAGAAAAAAAAAGCAAAAGCACUUUCUUUGAGGGUUUAGGCUCUUAUACACAUGUAUGUACUGCUAACAGGAGAGGAGUCCUGAAUGUUGUCGUCUUGUAUGAGACGGGCAUGGACGUGAACGCUAGUCUGGCCUUUUGAAGAGGUUGAACUCCUGUGUCAAGCCCCGCACGUGGUCUGUGUGGAAGCGUAGCCUAUGGAUGCAUGUCCUUAGCCCCAAGACCCUCCCACUGAUGCGAUACGAUUGGAUGAGAGAGUGUUUUGUGUUAACACGCCCCUCCGCCUGAUUGUGACACCACUAUGGACCUCUGUAUCAGAGGGUAGUGUCUUGCAAAGCCCAGGAGGAGUGGGUGGGUGUAGCAGGGGUUGCCUUAAUUUAGAAAAGGACCUUGGCAUACAGGGGUGUGUCACUCCUUUAUAUGAAAAAAGGCAGGGGACAGACGUAGAAUGAGGGGGUACCACUGUGUGGUGCCCAUCAGAACUGGCCCCUUGGUGGCUAAAGGGGGUUGGCAUGGGCAAAGCACAAGGACACAGCACUAAUCCGCUCUGGCCAGGCCUCAGCCCUGCGCCCCCUUCCACUCGGUUGGGCCACAUAGAGACCAGCCUGGAAUAGCAGCAGAAACCAAGAGAAAUGCAAGGUGAAUGUAGUCAAAGAUGGCAAAAAAAAUAAACAAACAAAAAAUAAAUAAUGGUAGGUGGACCAUUUAGCGUAUCCGAGGAAAUAGUUUUAUAAGAAUAGGGGAGGGAGGGGCAAUGAAACUGAACGCAAAACAAGUGUUUGCCACAUGGGCACUGCAAUGAUGAAUAACUUUAUUUUAUUUUUCUUGAAGAGCGGGUGAAAGAUUAGGACUGGGUUAAACACAAUCAUGCUCUCGUUCUCUGUGGUGUGUGUGUGUGUGUGUGCGCUGGUAUACUCCAGUGGUCUCAUUAGCCUGGGCAGGUUUGGAGUCUUGGAGGCAGUGUCUGCUGAAAUGGCAGACAACAAGAAAAAAAAAAGCGAAACCCUGGGCAUCCCGACAGAGGAGGGCGGGUGCUAUCUCCUCACCCUAUUCUCUCCCCUCUUUCCUCCCUCCCUCACUCUCUUUCCUCUCCCUCCUUCUCUAUAUCUCUCUUUCUGUUCCACCUUCAGUUUUUCUUUUUAAUGAUCUUAGAUCCUUUCUCUCUGUGUAGGUUCUUGCCAACUGUUCAGUAUUCCACAGUAUUCAAGAGGAAUAAGUCAGUUAUUUUUUUUCAAACAGAAUCCAGUGCCGUUAACUAUGGAUUUACACAAAUUCUAAACAAUAUGAAAGAUUGAGACGACGAGCUAAAGGAGUUGUGCCUCGCAACAGGUCUUGAAGGAAAAGAAAAAGAGAAAAACUAAAUCUUAAAUAAAAGAGAAAAACAUCA